GAGAAAUCAAGGAGAUUCGCUGAAACCAUAGAAACGAACAGGAAGUUUACUGCCACGGUAUCUCAAACGAUCACGAAGAUUGUUAGCAUUUUGGACAUUACAUUGCGUGAAAGUCUAAACUCAGGAGGGCAUUGGGAAGAUAUAUAAUAAGAUCAGAAACUGAGUGUUAUUUAACGUGUUUUGGUGGCGUAGUUUAGCGUUGCCAGAGCUUCUUUAGUCGAAGCUAGCUGGGCAGCUAAUGCUCGGCUGCUCUUCAGUGGACAUGUUCAAAGCAAAAAUACUCUUUAUUGGACCCAGUGAGAGUGGGAAAACGGCUCUUGCAAAUUUCCUCUCAGGCACAACGGAGAAUGUGGGAGGUGAAUACAGACCUACUCAGGGAGUAAGGAUACUGGAGUUUGAAUCACAACCUGAAGGCAGUGGUGAAAGCAUGGCAUGUGAGGUUGAACUCUGGGACUGUUCAGGAGAAUUUAAAUUUGAAUCAUGCUGGCCUGCACUGAUGAAAGACUCCAGCGGCGUGGUGAUCAUUUUCAAUCCAGAUGUUCCUAGUCACCUCAAAGAAAUAGAGACAUGGCAUUCGAUGUUUAUCGCCUCUCAGAGCCUGCAGGAAAACCAGUGUCUGCUCAUAGCUCACCACAAGCCUGGCAGUGGAGUAGAAGAAGGACGGCUGCCAUUAGCCUCGCAUCUCAGCAGACUGCCACUCAUUCACUCCAACCUGGAGGAGGAACCGGAGGAUGUGAGGCGAGCUUUCUGGAGAUACUUGGGAAAUGUUAUUAAUACAAUGUCGGAAAGUCGAGAGCGAGAGGAGAUGUCUAUUAUUACUUAGAACCAAAAUAAAAUAUGCAGCUUAAUGGGGAGGAGUUUUUGUGUAUCGGCAAUCUCUGUUUGAGUAAGACUCAUGAACAUUUUUUAUUGUCAUUAAUUAUUCAUCUUUGCUGUCGUUUAGUCAUUUUCUCAAACCCUUUGCAAACUUUAAUGUUUUUGUUCAGUUUUGGUUUAUUACAUCAUCUGUAAGUCUUUUGUUAAUAAAAUAUGAACUAUU